AGGUUCUGCGAUGCUGCUGCUGCUGCUAUUGGAGCUGGCCCUGAAAAUGCAGUGGAUGCAGAUGGAGGAACCCAUGUGCAAACUGCUGGGCAGAGCAGAGCAGCCGGAGUUAGCCAAAGACGGAGACCUCAUCAUUGGGGGAAUCUUCACUUUUGUCACUGGACCCAGCGGAAUAAUACACACCUUUAAGAGGCUACCAGAAGGCCCAAAAUGUAGCAAUUUAAAUUUCAGGGAGUUCCAAUUUGCCCACACAAUGAUCUUUGCAAUAGAAGAAAUCAAUCGAAACCCUCAAAUUCUCCCAAAUUUUACCCUGGGAUAUAAGAUCUACAAUGCCUGUGGCUAUACAAACAUACUUAAAUCUGCUAUUGCUUUAGUGAAUGGCCAGGAGGAAGUAAUUCAUAGCAAAAGCUGCUCUAAAACAGAUACAGCCCAAGCCAUAAUAGGCCACUCAGCAUCCACACCAACAAUGGGAUUCGCAAUGAUAACUGGAAGGUUUCAAAUACCAGUGAUCAGCCACUUUGCAACAUGCGCAUGCUUGAGCAACAGAAAAGAGUUCCCUUCAUUCUUCAGAACAAUUCCCAGUGACUAUCACCAGAGCAGAGCACUGGCGCAGCUGGUGAAGCACUUUGGCUGGACUUGGGUUGGGGCCAUAAGCAGUGACAAUGACUAUGGAAACGAUGGGAUGGCAACCUUUGUGCAGGCAGCCCAGGAGGUGGGAGUAUGUGUUGAGUACUCAGUGGCCUUUCUGAAAUCAGGGCCUCGCCAUGCACUGCUCAGAGUCGUUGAGGUUAUAAAACAUUCCACCUCAAAGGUGAUCAUGGCCUUUAUGACACACAGGGAGAUCAAGGUGCUGGUGGAAGAGCUGCAGAAACAGAACAUCACAGGCCUGCAGUGGAUCGGCAGUGAUGCCUGGAUCACUGACAAUUCUCUCACUGACAGCGAGGGCUACACGGCUCUAAUUGGAGCCUUGGGCUUUGUGGUCAGCAGGGCACAGAUCCCUGGGCUGGGGCAGUUUCUACAGGAGGUUAAUCCUUCUCAAUUUCCUCACAGCGCAUUCCUCAGGGAAUUCUGGGAAAAUGUGUUCAACUGCACUUUGACUCCACAUAGCUUGACUGACAGAAGGAGACUCUGCAGUGGCUCUGAGCAUUUGAGAGAUGUGGAGACCCAGUUCGCAGAUGUUUCAGAACUAAGGUUCGCUAACAAUGUGUACAAGGCUGUGUAUGCAGUGGCCCACGCGCUGCACAACCUGCUCACAUGUGAGCAUAGCCAAGGCCCCUUCACUAAUAACAGCUGUGCAAACGACAACAGCAUAAAGCCGUGGCAGGUUUUACAUUAUCUGCAAACAGUGAAUUUCACAACUAAUUCAGGGGAGACAGUGUAUUUUGACAGCAAUGGAGAUUCACCAGCCAGAUAUGAGCUCAUAAAUUUACAAAGUGCCAAUGACAGGACCAUGGAAAUUGUCACGAUUGGCUACUAUGAUUCAUCACUGCUUAAAAAGCACCAGUUCACAAUGAACAAUGUCAGCAUUGUUUGGGGAGGAGCCAGUACAAAGAAUCCUGUGUCAGUGUGCAGUGAGAGCUGUCCCCCAGGCACUCGGAAGGCUGUGCAGAGAGGAAGGCCUGUCUGCUGCUAUGACUGUGUGCCCUGUUCUGAGGGAGAAAUUAGCAAUAUGACAGACUCCACUGAAUGCUUGAAGUGCCCACCUGAUUACUGGUCCAACAAGAGAAGAGAUAAAUGUGUCAUCAAAAAAAUGGAAUUUCUUACAUAUAAAGAAAUAAUGGGGAUUAUUUUGGUUUUCUUCUGCAUACUAGGAGUAUGUCUAACAAUUAUUGUAUCUGUGGUUUUAUUUCAUCACAGACAGACACCUAUUGUGAAAGCCAACAACUCAGAGCUGAGCUUCUUGCUGCUAUUUUCAUUGAAACUGUGUUUCCUUUGCUCUCUUACCUUCAUCGGUCGGCCCUCUGAGUGGUCCUGUAUGCUGCGCCACACUGCGUUUGGGAUCACCUUUGUCCUCUGCAUCUCUUGUGUUCUGGGGAAAACAAUAGUGGUGUUAAUGGCCUUCAGGGCUACACUUCCAGGCAGUAAUGUGAUGAAGUGGUUUGGGCCUCUGCAGCAGAGACUGAGUGUUCUUGCUUUCACUCUCAUACAGGUCCUUAUUUGUGUGCUUUGGUUAACAAUAUCCCCUCCAUUCCCCAACAAGAACAUGAAGCACUACAAAGAAAAGAUCAUUCUAGAGUGUGAUGUAGGAUCAGCAGUGGGGUUCUGGGCUGUGCUGGGUUAUAUUGGGCUCCUCUCUAUAUUAUGCUUUGUUUUAGCUUUUCUGGCUCGUAAGCUGCCUGAUAACUUCAAUGAAGCCAAAUUCAUCACAUUCAGCAUGCUCAUAUUCUGUGCAGUCUGGAUCACCUUUAUACCAGCUUAUGUCAGCUCACCUGGAAAGUUCACUGUAGCUGUGGAGAUCUUUGCUAUUUUAGCUUCAAGUUCUGGUUUACUAUUCUGCAUUUUCAUACCAAAAUGCUAUAUUAUACUAUGCAAACCAGAACAAAACACCAAAAAACAUUUAUUUGGAAAAACUACCUUUCAGUCUCUGCAAUAGAAAUAGGAAACGUGUUUACUGCAUUUAUAUUUACCCCAUCUGCUUUUCAUCCGGCCUCUCACUUUCAGCCUGUCUUUCCAUUUUAAAUGUCUAUAUCUCCCAUUGUCAGACAAUAAAUAAAAGGUCUUUCUGCCAUAUUAAACAUAA